GGAACCCCAGGACUGCGGAACCAUUCGCAUGCAACUUGGUACUGACCUACGGAAGUCCUUUCUGUCGGGAAACACGGAAGUAGCUGCUGUACAUGUAAAUGAUUGUAAUAAACCAAUGAAUACAGUUCAGUGUAAUGAACGAAAGAGGUUACCUGUAAGGCUAACGUUAAUUUUUCCGAAGUACCACCAUUAAUGAAUUCUAAUUAUGGGACAAUAUUGCUCUUCAUCUGAUUUUUAAACAAGCCGUCGUAUUGCACUUUAAAAAAAUCAGUCCAACGGUAAAUGUAUGCUCCUGCUGUGAUGAGAUGCUUGAACCAAAGUCUGCAUGAAUGCGAAAAAAUUAAAGUUGAAUGAUGGGCCAGAGACGGCGAGCUGGUCCUAAAGGCUCCUUGUCCAACAGAACCCCGGAUGGAAUUGCAGUCGGGAUCCAGGGCUCUCCCAAGCACAGCAUAUGCAUGGUGUCUGACUUUUUCUACCCUAACAUGGGAGGGGUUGAAAGCCACAUUUAUCAGCUGUCUCAGUGUUUGAUUGAGAGAGGACACAAGGUGAUAAUAGUCACCCAUGCUUAUGGAAACAGGAAAGGUGUCCGGUACCUCACGAAUGGGCUCAAGGUCUACUACCUACCCCUGCAGGUGAUGUACAACCAGUCGACGGUGACCACCUGCUUUCACAGUCUACCUCUGCUUAGGUGCGUCUUCGUCCGGGAGAGGAUCACGAUUGUCCACGCGCACAGCUCGUUCUCGGCCAUGGGGCACGACUCCCUGUUCCACGCCAAGACCAUGGGCCUGAACACCGUGUUCACCGAUCACUCGCUCUUCGGCUUUGCGGAUGUGAGCUCGGUGCUGACCAACAAGCUGCUGACCGUGUCCCUCUGUGACACCAGCCACAUCAUCUGCGUCUCCUACACCAGUAAAGAGAACACUGUGCUCAGGGCCACCCUGGACCCUCAGAUUGUGUCUGUCAUCCCCAACGCUGUGGACCCCACUGACUUCACCCCAGACCCCUCCCAGAGAGACGACACCAAGAUAACGAUCGUGGUGGUCAGCCGCCUGGUCUAUCGAAAGGGAAUAGAUUUACUAGGCGGAAUAAUUCCAGAACUCUGCCUGAAAUAUCCUGAUUUGCAAUUUGUAAUUGGUGGGGAAGGACCCAAGCGAAUUGUCCUAGAGGAGGUCCGUGAGAAGUACCAACUGCACGACAGAGUGCGUCUCCUAGGGGCCCUAGAGCACAAGGAUGUGAGAAACGUCCUGAUUCAGGGCCACAUUUUCCUCAACACUUCUCUGACUGAGGCUUUCUGCAUGGCCAUCGUAGAGGGGGCCAGCUGUGGACUACAGGUGGUAAGCACCCGGGUGGGUGGAAUCCCGGAGGUACUGCCGGAGGAGCUGAUCACCCUGUGUGAGCCCACCGUCAGCUCCCUGUGCCAGGGGCUGGAGAUGGUCAUCGCCAGGCAACGCUCGGGCACCGUGCUGCCCCCUGCGACCAUCCACAGUAGGGUCCAAACACUGUACACCUGGAGGAAUGUGGCAGAGAGGACCGAGAAGGUCUAUGACAGAGUGGCCAAGGAGGUGGUGCUGCCGCUAGAUGGCCGCCUGAGCCGGCUGAGGGCCCACUGCGGGCAUGUGGCGGGCUCCAUCUUCGCCUUCGUGGCCGUGCUGGACUUCCUCUUCCUCCUCCUCCUGCAGUGGUUCGUGCCAGACUCGGUCAUCGACGUAGCCGUCAACGCCUCAGGCCCACGGGGUCUGUGGGGCAAGGCCGGGGCCAGGAAGACGAAACCCAGUGCAAACUGCCACAAGGACACAGGGACCGGUUAGUUGGCGCACCACAUCCAGCUGUCAGGAUUAUUUCCCUUUUUUUGUUUACAAUUUUCAAUUCUUUUUAUUUUGCCAAGAAUUUAUUUGCUGUUGCUUGAGUGGGGAAAAAUUGUUUUUAAAAUGUACACUUCUGCGCAAAAAAUUCAUAGAUAUUUUUAUAUUUUUCUACUUGUAUUACUCAUGUACACAGAAACUAAAUCUUUGUUUUCUUUGCAUAUUCUUCGUGAAAAAGGAACGCACACCAAAUUAGUACACCGUGUAUUCUAUAGCAGGUGAGCUAACCCCGCGCUGACCACUAAAACCCUGCUUGGGGGACUUUCACAUAGUGCUGCUGUUAACUUUGUAGCAUAGCAUUUAACAUUUAUUCCAGGGCUUUCCCAGGAUCAUCUGCAGUAAGUUGCCAGGAUUCACUGUUAUACCUUCCCCGCUCCUCCGAACAGAAUUUUACAACAGCUGGGACUUUUGCACAGUGGUGUAUUUACUGUACUGUAUGUGUAUUCCGCUCAGGUUAAUCCCGCUUGCUGGCAGGCACUGUAGUACAUUAUGCAGCGGCUGUUACGUCUUUCGUCACGCCAAGGGCUAAACGCAUUGCUGUCUGCCUCGGUUUGCUGGAUGGAGACCAGGGUCAAUAAGACAGGGUUGAGACAGACACCUCUCUCAUGCCCCAGUCUGUCUGGCUAUGCCCAGCGAACAAACAGGUUUGCUUCGUUCUGGCUUGGAUUUCUCCUAGGGAAUACUCACAGUGCAUCCUGGUCCUAUUUUGAGAAACCUGGUUUGAGAUUCACCGACCAUUUAUUUUUAAACCAGGUUAAAGGUUUUGAACCCCUUGUUUCCCCCAUGCGGACCCACUUUCUCUCUCACCAAAAAGGGCGGACUUAAAGAAGGGAUAUGUGAGGAAGGAGAAACUUUUUUUUUUUGGCCUGUUCACACCCUUGGCAGAUAGAAGGAAUUGCUGUCCAGUUUACACUCCAAUUAUGCUAAGGAGUGGAACAGAUUAACUGUGAGAAUCAAUUUGUCAGUAGAUACAAAUUUGCUUCCUGCCAAACCAGUUGUUUUCCAAUUUAAUCUGACUAAAGACACCAGGGCCAGUGUUUAAUGUUUUAUAUGUGUGCCAAAAUAUGGCUAAAGCCCCCCGACCACACUCCAGUUAGAGUUACUUAAAACGAUAACUAGCACAAUUUAUUAUUAUGUCCUGAGACAUUUUAACUGAUACCUGUGUCACAGCAUUCAUUUAUGGCACUGCUGGAGGUAUAAAGGGUGGUUUGUAGGCGCAAAUUAAUGACAGGGUUUUUUUUGGGGGGGGGGCUAACAAGCAGUUACAGCAAUUGGAAUGAAUUUGAAAUGAAUUGCUGUUGAAUUUGAAAUGAACUGCAAAUUCUAGGGCCAUUCACUUGAUGUGCUUGGCCUGUGAAAAUGGCAACUAUACCCUAGGGCUUGUUUUCAGAUGCGUAACUUUAAGAUUCAGAUGCGUAACUUUUAGGUGUGUGUACAUUUUGGUGAUAACUUGAUUUUCUUUUUUUGCUCCAAAGAAUAGCACUGGGUGCCCUUGAAGGUCUUUGAGAUAUCGUAGAUACUGACAUAAAAGAUACUGUAUCUAUUCCUGAGCAGUGUGCAGUUCAUAAUCAGGAAUAAUAUCAUACUGGCUUAAAUUUAAUUACUCUAAUUAUUCAGUUGCCUCCAUGAGAUGAAUGCAGUACCUUAUGGCCUUGAGACUUGGAUGGUUUGCAUUAAUAAAGGUGAACGCACGGUUUCUGAGAAAUCUGAGCCAUGGUCAUUUGCUUAUGUACCAUAGUGAGAAACAGGUAUUUUUGUGUUACAAAUUCAGAAAUAUGAGGCAAAAAAAACAAAAGAGUGUGUUAUCCUGAAACAAUCUGUAAAAAAAAAAGGUUCAAUGCUAACAUUAUUGCUUGCUGAUUUUUGCUGGGGUGCUUUGUAAUCAUGGUCUCCUUAGGUACCUUCUUAUUUAACAAGUCCACCUAUUAGAAGUUAGGGUGACUGUGCUUCCAGAGCUGCAACUCCAGCCUGGAGGCUACUGACCCAGUCCCAGAACACUGCUGCUCGCCUAGCCUACGGCCUCUCGGAACAGUCCCAUGUCCCUCCCCUCACUGGCCUCCACUGGCUACCUGCAACCGCUUGUGCCCUUGGUGCUAGUCUACCAAGGGAAACUCCCUUCACCCUUCAUCUUCUCCCUUUUUUACACCAUAGUCUGUGAUUUUUUGCUGUUAUUUAUUUAAUGUAAUGUAAUCUAAUUAUGAGAGUUUCGUUCGUUUUUUAUGAAAUAGUUAGAUGUUCAAUGGGGUACUUGAUAAGUGGUCAAUGGAGCCUGCACUUCUUGCACUUGCCGUCUGUCUUGGGAAUAUACUUUCCUCCCCUAGGGAAUUUCUUGAACUUCGAUCCCUGAUCAUUGCACUUCUGUUUGCAUUGUACAUUGCUCUGGAUUAGAGCACCUGCUACAUGCCAUUAAAGUAAAGUAUAGGAAGCUACAUGUCCCAGGCACUUUGCUAUAAUUGCUGAAUAUAAAUAUUCAGUUGUUGAUGUUGCAAUGGGCAACGUGUGACUGGAAAGGGAUGAGAAUGCCUAUUAAAAUGAUCUAACCUAGCGGGAUCACCUCGCUUCUUAGAAUGAAGCAAGCCACCAUCUUGUUCAGCAGUUAAUUUAUUUUUUGUUUAUAUAAAUAUUUGUGGACAUUUAUUUUUUUGAAUGUAGGAGAGCCUAAGAACAGCGCUACUCAAAUCCAGGUUGGACCAUGUAUUUGCUCCAGACAUGCACUACACUACCCAAUAUCGCAUUGGUCCAGGAAGUAAGAUCAUUAGUGAAAUCAGGUGGUGUACUGCAUGGUUAGAGAAAAUUCAUGCAGACACUGCAGCCCACAGGACCUAGUAGUCCUGGUCUAAGGGAAUGAAUUAACUACCAGUAAUUUUUCUUUUCAGAAAGUGGGCCUUGAUGCCCUUUAACUAAUGUACUCAUUUGUUUCUACAUGGACCAAUACUCACCCUUUUAGUUCUGUCCUUGUGAAUCACCCUUGCAUACCCAAAAUGUUUAAGAUAAUUAGAGAAAGCUUUUAUUUUUGCUAAACCCAUUAGUGUACAAAGGAACAAUAAUAUAUUUAUGCUUUUUAAUACUGCUUUAUCAAAUGGGACAUUUUGUCUGAAUGAUGUAUUUAUGGCUUUUGGUCAAUUUGAUGGCAGUGGUGAGCCUGUGUUCAUAACCAUGACCUGUGACGUUAAAAUAAAAAGUGUAUGUUUACCA